CUAUGGAUCCAACACUCCUCAAAUCAAUUCUUGUUAAUGAAUAGAUCCGAUCCCAACUUCGAAUAUUGAAUUGAAAGGGAUCCAACACUCCUCAAAUCAAAUUUAAGCGAAAUGAAGCUAAUUCUUUAUAUAAUAAUAACCUGUUACAACGUGCUACUAGAGGGGAAGGAAAAUUGCCGUUAUUGGGAAACAAACGCACAACCUUACAAUAAAAAGUGUGUCGACUUAUCAGUGAGUUUUGUUAGUUCGUCGAUACAUCGUAAUAAAAGAAAAAAUAUGUAAGAAAAAUUUGACGAAGAAAAAGUGAAAGAAUCAUGUUUUUUACCAAAAAAAAAAAAAGAAUCAUGUUUAGUUGGGCUUAUAAAAGAUCAGUGCUACUUGGGCUUCUACCGCUUUAUUCCAUCUUGGCCCGGCCCGUUCACAAACAAUUUGAAACGGUGGGUUUCAAAGCGAGGGCUUAAUUUUCAGCUCCCGCCAAGAAAGAGAGGUGAACUUCACAGACGAAAUCAGAUUCUAGUUUGGCAGGCACAAGACAAGCGCGAGCUUCGUAAUUUCCCGCUCUCUAUCAGUCUCUUCCUCGAGCGAAAUCUUUUCAGGGGAGAAAUCCAGUGCAGCGGCCGCUUCUCAAUCCAAGUAAAACUAGCUGAAGUUUCUGCCGGCCCAUUACAAACCUACUACACCGCAGAAUUCUAGGGUUUCAAGCCGAACAGAAUGGCGGUGCUCAGUUGGAAGCACCACACCGUCAUCCAAGCUCUGAUGGCGCGUGGGCCGCUCCUGGAGGACGAGUUCCGUAAAAUCUACGCCGACGUUACUGGAAAAAACCAUAGUGCGAACCAAAAGGAUUUCAAUGAUUUCACGCUGAAAAUAAAUAAGGAGCUUUCGUUUGUCCAGAUGGAGUUGAGGUGCUGUCGGAACCAAAACGAUGGCCGAGUCUGUUAUGGAUUGGUCAACAAUAUUGCUGAUGAGCAAUCCAAGCUUGGGACGAAGUACUCUAUUCCACAGAUUGCUUUGUUUAAGGGAAUCGUAGAAGCGAUAGUACAAGAUGAAGCAGCUCAUGGUUGCAUUUCCACCAUUACAGCUCUCAACAUACGACUGGAGAAUCAGGUCCAGUUGGCAGCAGGUUCCCAAUCACAAGAUAGCCCACCUGAAAUCCCGGCUGCAAUAAGGAAUUUCUCAAUGUCCCAAAAGGACAGAACAAUCGAUGAACUCAUACGAGACAAGUGGCUUUCUCAAACUACUGACGGUGAUGUUGCCCUAGGGUUCAGAUCCUACCUUGAUCUGAGGAGCUUAUUCCAUAACAUGGGCAUUCCUCCUUGUGAAGUCUGCAACGAAAGCGGCGUCAAUGCUAAAGUGUGCCCAACUGAAGGCUGCAAUGUCCGAAUUCAUGAGUACUGCUUGAGAAAGAAACUCCAACGCAAAAAGGACAAGAUAGUAUGUUCGAGUUGUGGCAUUAAUUGGCCAUUUGCAGCACCAAAGAGUGAACCUGUGGAGGAAGAAGAGGAUGAACAGCCAACUCAGACGCAAAUGCAAACUCAAACUCAAACGCAGCAGCCAUCAUCGAGUGGAUCCAAAAGGAAGCGAUAUCGAUUCUCGGUUGAUGUAGAACCCGACUCUGCCUCUGUGAGAAGAAGCACCCGGUUUUCUACACGACGAAGGUAAUAUCGGAACUCGUCGUGCUUGCGACUCUCUCAUCCAGCAUUUUUCUUCCAUAUAUCUUGUGCCGAUGAAUGUGAGGCAAGUAUUUUUGUUGACUACAAAACAACUGAAGUGAAUCUAAAAGUGGGGCUCCUCCACAGUUUCAAUGUCAAGAAACUAAGGGUUUCACAGUAGCUGUAUAUUUGGCAGUUGGCACUUUGUUAGCAUCCUGAACUUGUAUAGUUGGUAGGAGGUGAAGAACACAUGACUUGGUUAGCUGCUCCUCUUGUAAAUCAUUUCCAAGACAAGUUAACCUUCUCUUUGGAGAGCAGAUACUACUCACAAGACAAGUUAAGUAUAUUUUUGUUUUGUGUGGAUGAACACACCCUUUAUGUCCAUCAUACUAUUAUGUUUUUCUAUCGUAGAUCUUACUUACAACCAUGUUCCAUGUUUUGUGGAUUACGACCUUGACCUUUGAUCGCUCCAUCUAUCCAUGUUGUCGGGCUGGAUUAGUAAUGGGCUUUGGCUGAAAUUCAAGAUGGCCCAAUCGAUCCAACUUGAUAAACAUAAUACUUCUAAAUUUGGCUGCUCCACAGCCCACUCUCGAUCAAGCUCGCAAUUGCUCUGCAUUUUUUCCCCUUCUGAUUGAGGGUGGUUCGUUCAGGGCAAGAAUCAGCAGCAAAUACAGAUGAAUGUGUGGA